AUGUCGUCCGAAACUAAUAAAGAUGGAACUGUGAUUUUAUUGGACAAAUCCACCGUAGAAACUUUGUCCGAAACUUCUUUGCAAGCCGAUGAUUUUGAGCAUCAAUCACAGCCUGAAUCGACUAACACAGAAAACAAAAAUUUUUUCAAGGGAUGGAAGAAAACCAUUUUCGUAGAUGAUUCUUCAAAUAUUAAAGUUACUUUUCAUGUUUACUUACCUUCCUUUGAAUUUGUUGAAGGUUAUCCUAUUGUUGUUGGUAAUAUCGAAGAAUUGGGCAAUUGGGAAAAUCCGAUUGUUAAACUAAAACAACAGGAAGGUGAAUAUUUGCACUUUAAAUCUAAUUAUUGGUAUUCAGAUCCAAUUUCCAUACCACUUGAUAGAUUCAAUAAUUAUGAAGUCAAGUACAAAUAUGCGUUCUUCAUCCCGAAGCCAAGAAUUGAGGGAAAAUCAAAAUUUUCUUUAUUUACCAAACCCAAAUCUGAUGAAAAGAAAAAAUACAACGACGAUGAUCCUGAUGAAGGAGAUCUUUAUUCGGAGGAAAAUGAGCAAUUGCGACUUUUGGAAAAAAAAACUGGAUUCAAAUUUGAUAUAGCACAAGUAUUUGUUAUUAAAACCCGGCGCACUGAGUUUCGAUCUCUUAGAGACUUUGUGUUUACGAGUAUUAUCCUUAAUAGUAUAACUUCAGAUAAUUUUAAAGAUAAGAUUAUGGAAUAUCAAGGACUUAUGGAUAACUUUCGUAAUCCUGUAUUGCAUGAAACAGAUAUUGAUUUUAUUAGAAAUUAUAUUCACUUUCGCCAAGAAUCAUUUGGUCGGUUUGGCUUACCAAAUGGGUUUCCUAUAGCUCAAAUUAUUGAUACUUUAGAGAAAUUUCAAUCCGAUCUUUUGCCUGGAGAAUUCUAUGACGCAUUAAACAUAACAAUGACUGCUGCAAUCCGUUUAAACGUAAUCAAUAGAUCUUUUGAUUGGCUAAAGCUUUUCAAAGUUGCUAGUAUUAUCGAUCCACAUUUUAGUUUUAUCGAAGUAAUUCAAGACCUUAAAUAUAGCAAUGAUCGAAUGAAGAAUUUUUUAAUAGAAUAUACAAAAUCCGCAAAAUCUAUCGUAAAUCAAAUUAAGAACUUGUCAAUUUAUUCCAAUAUUGGAAGGUGGUUAUUUUACAAUUGUAACUCCUUCGAAAUUCUUCGUUUUAUUUGGACUGAUAUCAUUGAACACACGACAGAACGCGAUAUUCAACUUAUUAAAUACUUUUGUCUUCGCGUUGAGCAACUUAUUUCAUCAUCACAUGCAACAAGUUUGAAUAAUUAUUAUAGAUCUGGAUCAUAUGAUUCUAACGAUUCAAACUUCAUUUAUGAAAUUUAUUAUUAUUUAUCAAUCAUCUUUCCAAUAGUUGGAAAGCAUGCUAAAAUUUUUAAAGAUUUAUUAGAUGUUGCGGCUGGUCGUGCCAAAAACUGCGCUCUAUCUAAUAUUUCUAAUAUUUUAACUAUUACGCCAGUUAUCUCAACUUUAGAGAAAGAAAUUCAUGAUUCAUAUGGAGAAAUGGUCAAGGAAUUAUUAAAAAAUUACAUAAAUAAAAUUGAUAAUAACGUGAUAAGAUAUUUGUUGCAAGUUUGUGGUUGCAAAAACGAAGUUUUAUUUAUACAAAAUAGCUUAAGCGAAAAUAUUGUCUAUCACGUAAUGACAUAUUUGGAAGCUAAAGAUAAAAUUAUCAAGAAUAAUACAAAUUUAUCGACUGUAAUUUUAAGAUUACUUGAAAAUUAUCGAUUUUGGAGUUUAAUUUUCAACGCAACUGGCCUUGUUGAUAAUUUGUAUUCCCAUCCUUAUGUUAAGCAAGUUCAAGGAUUAAUCUUUAAAUUCGAUGCCGUUAUUAUUAGAGAGGAUAUAACAAUCCGAUCCCUACAAGAAAUUCUUGAAUAUGAUACUGAAGUUUUGUAUCCCUUUCUCAAUUUAUCUGCCGAGAAAGAGAAAAUUAGCGAAGUUCUGGUUAAAAAUCUUCGAAAAAACUACCAUGGAUACAUUUUGAAAAUAGAACAAUUAAGAUCAUUUUAUGAUAAAUUUUGUCCUAUUGAAAAAGUUGAAGACGUUCAAAAUUUUCUUAAUGACAUUAAUAAUCGAAAUAAUAAUCUAGGAAAUCUUACGCUUAAAGAAACUUUGGCUGAUAAUCAUUGGAAUUUUCAUAAAAAAAAUAUAGUUACCGCUAGAAAAGCACAUAAAUGGGCAAAGUCGCAUACAUUCUAUAAUGUUUUUAAUAAUAAAUUGGAAUUGGAAUCAUAUGAAUAUGAAUUAGUAACUGUCGAAUAUAUAGCUCAAACUUUAAUGCCAGCCGUAUUUAUCGAAUAUGAUCAAUUAUGUCAACAAUAUAAAGAAUGGGAAAGUCUUAAAUGUUCAGAAGGAAUCCUUAUAUGGAAAAAUGUGAAAGAUAUCGAAAUAGAAUUAAAUUUGAUAAGUGAUUACAUUCAAACAGAAAAAAGUCCAAAGUUAAUUAAAACACUUGAAUAUCUUUCUUUAGUUCCGACUCAAAUUGAACGACUUCAGCAAUUAUCUAUAGUCGUAGUUAUGUUUAAAAUAACUCACACUAAAGAUGAUUGGCUUGAAAGAAUACAGUUAGUUCUUCGUGACGAUUAUCUUUGGUUAGGAAAAUUAGUGAAUUUCUUUGAAAUAUUUAAUCAACAUUUUGGAUUAAUUAAUGAUGAUUGUUGGGAUUUGAUCAAAGAACUCUCAAAAGCUAGUGAUUUUAUUGUGUUUCUUUAUAAAAUCGCUGAACAUGACAUAAAAAAUUUAUUUAAUUCGGUAGACGAAUCUUCAGAUGAAAGACUUAUACAAGAAGACACAGUUUCUUCUCUCAUUCAAGUCAAACAAUUUUUGCUCCCUUUAUUAAAAUCUGUGGAAAGAUUAUCGCUUAAGAAAUUUUUGAUUGAAAUUAGCAAUAUAACUCAGCAGAAUGCAAAGUUAGGAAGCAAAGUAGCACUUUGUAGUAGCAACAACAUGGCAUUGCAAAAUUUGUAUAACAGUAUUUCAAAUAAAGAAGAAAAUACGAGGGAAAAGAUUAGAAAUGCGGCUAAGAGAGGGACUUACACUUUCGAACGUGAUAUUAAAGGAGAUACGUGUAAAGUUACUUUGUCUUAUUCUACAUUUACUAGGGGAACUACUAAACCUUCUUACUCCUUGACCGAUUUACACGAUUUGCGUGAACGUGCGCUCUUGAUAUCAAAACCUUCAGUGUCUGUUGAUAUUGCAACUAAUCACGCUCCCGGAUUAGAAGUUGAACAGAAAGUUUCUAAACCUAUUAUGGACGAAUUCGUUAUUCAAGUAGAUAUGUCACAAGAAAUUAUCAACCUUUCUUCGAAGCUUUUUCAAACAGGUCACUUUUAUUAUCGUAAAUUUAAGCGAGAAAUCAAAGGUACCGAGAAUAUGCAACAUACAGUAAUUGAAUUAAAAGAGCACUUAAAAGAAUGGGAAGCAAUUGUGAAUGAAGCCCAAGAGGAAUAUUAUUAUUUAACAUUUUUCCCGGCUCGACAUAUUUUGUCAUUCCUUGAUUAUUUUAGCGUUGAAAGUAAAACAAAUGACAAAGCAAAUACUGAAGAAUGUAAAAAAUUGAUCCGAUUUGUCAAUAGUAAAGCUAAAUUACCUCCAAAAGACAAAAUUACAAUUAAUUUGGAAGGAAAUAAAUAUGAUGAUACUUUUGGAAAAAUUGGAACAAUCUUACAAGAAAUAUUUACAACAGUUCCCAAAGAAGAACGUCAAGUCAAGAAUAUUAAAGAGCGUGUAAUUUCAGAUGUAGUUUAUCCUGGAAAAUUAUUUGUUGCUGCAUGUACUGAUAAAUUCCUUGUUCCAAACAUUAUAAUGUCAUUAUACGUGAACCAUGAAUGUCAUCCUUUACCAUGGCAAAUAUUAAUAUGUACAGCUUCUACAACUAUGGAAGAACUCGCAAUUUUCAUUAAAAGAUGUUUCUUUGCAAAUAAAAAUGGAUACAAAGGAACCUUAUUCUGUCUUGCUAACUUGGAGUUAUUAGAUUUUGAAUUACAAUAUAAUUUAGUUAAUCUCAUUAUGUCUAUGUGUGAAUAUAAUGAUAAAUUUCUACUAGCACUAAUUUGUUAUCGUGAACAAGAACUACUUCAUCAUAUUUUAGAUCAAUUUUCUCAAGACGUUCAUGCAACAAAUGGAUUAAGUGGUGAAGCAAUGAAAACCCUUUAUCUUGAAUUAUGUCCAAAUGUCAUGAGCAUUUCUUCAGAAUUGUCUGGACAGGGUAAAACUGAAUAUAUUAGACAAUAUAGUUUUUCAAAAAAUUUAACACCAAAAACUUUUCUUAUUAGUGAUGGAAUUGAUUUCGGAACGCUUGUUCAUAGACUUAAAGAAUUUAAUUUGCUACCAUUUGAAAGUGUGCAUUUUAAUAUUAUAUCUGCUGAUCGCCCCGGGGACGUUAAUUUGUUAUUAUUUGAACUUUUAACCUUAGGAGUUGUAUUUUGUAAUAUGGAUAUCGCAUUUCUUCCAAACACUUUUAUAUUUAUUGAGAAUAAUAAGGAUAUAAAAGACGAAAGAGAAAUUUCAUCAUUUAGAUUUGUCGAAAUAUUUGUUAACGUAUUUGCUGAUCAGUUAGUUAGACUAUCAUUAAGUUCUUAUUUCAAAGUUGAAAAUUUAAAACUUAUGGUGGAUGAAAAAAAUAUACGUAGUACACUCGUUCAAACAUUAUUAAGCGUAUCAAAAGAUUUUGCCACUAAAUCUAUUGCAACUAAAACAGCACAAAAAGAAAAUAUUUCAACUCCUGAUAAUGAAAAUGCUGCUCUCGGUACCAUAGUACAGUGGGAUGAUUCAAAUCAUUUGUUGGUAUUUUUCUUAUCUCAAACACCAGAUUCGAUCUGCGCAUUAUACAGAGACAAGGAAAAAGUUCCAAAAAAUGUGAAAACUUUAUUACAAAGUCAAUAUAUUGGAGAUAAGAAACUUUGGGAUUUAGAUGACUAUCGUAAUAUGAAUUCUAAAGAUUUAUUAUCCACUUUGGAAAAUUUAGCAAGAAAAACUAUGCAUAUAAUUGAUUACCCUCAAUAUGCUCUUUCUGCCGAUAAUUUAAUUAAAAUGGCUCUUAUUCUCUUAAGAGCUCGUGCUAAUAUUCCUGUAAUUGUAUGCGGUGAAGCUGGAUGUGGAAAAACAAGUUUAAUAGGAUUUUUAUCUAAAGUUGUUGAAGUAAAAUUUCGUGCAUUAAAUCUUCAUGCUGGUAUUACGGAAGAAACUAUUUUAUUUUUUAUGGGAGAAUCUCUAAAAGAAGCCGAUAAAGGAGAAAUUUGGUUAUUCUUUGAUGAAAUUAAUACAUGUAAUCAUAUUGGAUUACUAGCUGAUUUGAUCGCUCACAGAAUGUUAAAUGGAAAACCAAUUCAUCACAAUAUUCGACUUUUUGCAGCAUGUAAUCCAUAUCGUAUACGUACCAAAGCAGCAACAGAAGCAGGAUUACUAAAACCUAAAGAUUCACGAUUUGAAGAAAAAAGUAAACUUGUUUAUCAAGUUAAUCCAUUACCUGAUCAAAUAUUAGAUUAUGUUUGGGAUUAUGGCAUUCUUAAACCUGUAGAAGAAGCAAAAUAUAUUGAAAUAAUGGUAAAAGAACUACUUAAAGAUCUUGGUCAUAAAGUAUUAUCGGAAUGUUUAUUUUUUUCUCAAGAUUUUAUAAGAAGAACUGAAGAAUCCUAUAGCGUUAGUUUACGUGAUGUUAAGCGUGCUAUUAAGCUUGUUAAAUUCUUUAUUAAUAGUUUAAAAGAUCGACCUCCGAUUAAGAAAUAUGGAAAAAUUAUAAAAUAUCCUGUACCUAGUGACAUUACAAAUAAUGUACGUUCUUAUAUACUUGCAUUAGGAUUAUGUUAUCAAUCAAGGCUAUACGAACAGCAAUUAAGAAAAGAAUAUAGAAGAAGGAUGAGCGAAAUUUUCAAGAAGCAUAAAUUUAAUAUUACUGAAGAGAGAUUUGACAGAAUUAUAAGAGAAGAACAGGAAAAUUAUAUUGACAGAAUGCAAUGUCCGCCCAAUACGGCAAAGAAUGAAGCUUUACUAGAAAACGUAUUAGUUAUGAUUGUAUGCAUUUUUACCAAAAUACCUUGCUUUAUAAUUGGAGCACCUGGGUCAUCAAAAUCCUUAGCUGUUAGACUUAUAAAUCAAAAUCUUCGAGGAGUAGAUUCAAAUGAUGAAUAUUUUAGAAGCUUACUUCAAGUAUAUUUAAUUCCACAUCAAGGUUCAUCAUCUUCAACUUCUGAAGGUAUUCACAAAGUAUUUGAAAAAGCAGUGAAUUAUCAAAAAACAAGUUCUGACGAAUUUCCUCUUCUCAGUGUCGUAUUACUUGAUGUGGUGGGAUUGGCUGAAACCAGUCCGUUUAACCCAUUAAAAGUAUUACAUUCACUACUUGAACCGAGUUAUCCUAAUACUGAACCAGCGGUUUCUUGUGUAGCUAUUUCGAAUUGGAGAUUAGAUAAUAGUAAAAGUAGUAUAGCAUUAUUAGUUCAAAGACCUAAAUUUGAAUUAAAUGAUUUAACAGAAACAGCGUCACGAUUACUUAUAAAAAAUGAGAAUUCACCAAUAAAAAAGGCAUCAUUGCAAUUAUUAGCACAAUCAUAUUUAAUUUACGAACAAAGAGGACAAAAAUUAUCUAAUUUUCAUGGAUUAAGAGAUUACUAUUCUUUAGUAAAAAGUUUAUCACAAUAUAAUAGUUUAACACCGGAAAAUAUACAUUUGGCAUUAACGAGAAAUUUUGGAGGUAUAGGCAAUAUUGAAGAAUUAGUGAAAGAUUAUUUCGGUUUAGUAAUAAAAAAUUUUAAUUCAUCAAAGGAAUAUGACUAUAAACCUAUACCAAUUUGGGAUUUAAUUAAUGCGAAUCUAGAAGAUAAAGAUGCGAGACAUUUAAUGGUUAUAGGUAAAAGUGAUAGCAUUGUUAACUUAUUAAAUUAUCAACUAAGAAAAAAGGGUCUAGAUCCUGUCGUAAUACUUGGAUCCCAAUUUCCUGAAGAUCAAGAUGAUUAUUCUUAUAGUGUUUUAAACAGAAUUAUGAUGUGCGUCGAAACCGGUAGACCAUUAAUUUUAACAGAUUUAGAAAUUAUUUAUGGAAGUUUAUACGAUUUAUGGAACCAAAAUUACAUUGUUGUUGGUAGCGAAGAAGAUCCAAAAUUUUAUGCUAGAGUAGCACUUGGAGCAUAUUCAAAUCCAUUAUUGUAUGUAGCUCCAACAUUUAGGUGUAUAUUAGUGAUGGACGAAAGUAAAUUAGAAAAAGCCGAUCCACCAUUACUCAAUAGAUUUGAAAAACAGAGAAUGACCAUGAAUGAUGCGUUAAUGCCGCAAGAACAAGAUUUGGUGGAAACUCUUAAAGAUUGGGCAGAGUCAAUUUCUACCGUUAAGUUAAGAGGAUUUAAACAAGAAGAUUUAUUUAUUGGAUUCGACAAGAAUGAAACUUUACAAAGUUUGGUUAUCGACGUGAAAAAGAGCUUUCCUGAAGCGGAUGAGGGGGAGGUAUUGAUUAAAUGUAAGGAAAAAUUAAUUAAUAUUGCGUCAUCUGAUGGUAUGAUUAGAGCCGAACAAUCAAAUUUACAUUUAGAAGAAGUUAGAUAUUGGAAAAAUGUUUAUUUCAACAAUCAGCAUCAUAAUAAUUUAAUCGAUCAUAUUCAAUAUCGACUUAAAAAUUUCGUUCACGAAGAAAAUACUCCUAUUCAAGAAGAAAUCGUUAACGAUGAAGGGUUACAAAUUAUAAUCAAUACGUUUUCAAAUAUUAAUACAGAUGUUAAAACAUGUUUACAAAAUCAAAUUAGUUGUCAAGUAGAUAAAUUAUCAACAUUCAAAACCGAAUCACAAUUUCAAAAUAGAAUUAAAUAUUUCUGGACUGAAUCUCAAGAUGAAAUGUUAAUAUUGCAAUGUGAUGUCACUACGAUUAAUGCAGGUUGUAUUAAAUUAGCAAAAUUUUUGAUUGAACAAUUUCGUAAUGAAUACUUUCAGAAAAAGAGACGACAAUUACAACUAUCAUCAUCGAAACAUAAAGAUAUGCAGCAGCUUCCUAUUAAACAUGUGUGUAUUAUCUUACAUAUUCAUAGAGAAUUAUUAAGUUCUUCUUCGUCAUUUUAUUUCAUGUGCGGAUGGGACAAAAUUACAAUAGAAACCUUAUUACCGCAAGAAAGGAAUUUAUCAACACUUUUGAAUGAAAGUUUAUCAGAUUUAAUAUUAAGCAGCACAUAUCCAUUUGAAGUAAUCCUAAAACAAGAAUUAUUAUGGUGUUUAUUAUGUAUAAAAUAUCCUUCCAACAUCAAAUCAGUAGAACAUAUUAAGAUGCUUAAUGAAAAAAUUUGUGAAAAUCCUAUAUUGGUUAAUUUUUUAAAGACCAGAACUUUAGAAUGGUUAAUAGAAAAUCCUAAUGAUACGAAUUGGCAAUAUAAAAUAGCAUCUAAUAAGAAAUUAUUAUACCCUUAUUCUUCCUUUGUUAACGCACUCUUGGCUCAUAUUAGGAGUGUUGUACGUAAACCUAUCGCAAAAUGGUUAUAUGCUCUCGAGAAAUAUGCGGUAAUUCAUACUAUAAUUUUCUUGUAUAAUAAAAGCCUCACUACAAAAGGUCCCGCAGAAUUCAUGAUGGAAGGUGUGGAAGAUUAUGAUGAAACCGAAAAAAUUAUAAUUGACGAUGAUGCUUAUUUAUUAGAAUUUUGGAAUAAAAUGGUUGACGAUAAAAAUAUAAUUUCAAUAGAGGAAUUAAUAGGUGAUCCAUCACCAGAUAGUUAUAAAAUGCCACAUGGGAUAUAUGAAUUAGAAUUUCCAUUUUCAUAUUAUAUAAUGAAAAAAAUCGAUGAUUCAAGAAGAGUAUAUGAAGAAGAAUUAUCAUCAUUAUUUAAUGAUGCAGAUAAUGUUGAUAAAACAACGGGAAAAUUAUAUUCUUACAAAAUAGAAGAAUACAAUAAGAAAUUUAUUAAAAACAUUGGAGAAAUUCCUAUAAUUAAAAAUUCUCCUAUCGUUAAUUAUCCUGAAAAUUAUUUCAAAGAUUUUUUUAACUUUAUAUUAUCUAAUGAAGUUAGUAGUAGUAGUGAAGUAUUAGAAAAGGAUACCCAAAUUAGUCCUCACGUUAUUAAACAAUUUGAUACUGAGACUGAUGAAAAUAAAUUAUUGGAAAUAGAAUUUGAAAAAUACCUCGUUGAACAAGUAAUCAGAGAUCUUUUAAAUAGAAUCAAUUAUCUGAAAGAAGAAGAAAAGAAAAGAUGUGGAGAUAGGUUAAUAAUUGAAAGAUGGCAAUAUGAAGUGACAAAAGUAAUAUCACUAUGUGAAAAGAUCAAUGCCACUUCUGAAUUAUAUUCAUUACGCUUACUUAGAAUUUGUAAUGAUUUAUUGAUUGCAAAAUCGAUCCCAUUAGAUGAUAUGAAACAAAUUAUUAGAUACGCUCAACAAAAUAUGAUUUCUUCUGAUGAAGUUAUUUCAAAAGAGUUUAUUGACGUUGUUAUGACUAUAUUAAUUAAACUUGAGCCUAAUGAAAAGAAUUUAAUUCCGAGACGUCUAUUUAUUUUAAGAUGUCUUGAUAUACUUGCUUUAACAUCACCAGUUAGACAAUUUCUUUAUCAAGGAUUAUUUACUCUUCAGCCAUUUCCACUUAUGGGAGCAAUUAUAAUACGCAUCUUUAAGACUGAAGAAAAAGAACAUCCAAAUUUUAUAUUACAACUUAUUCGACAACCAAAUCAAAUCUUGGGAUAUUCGGAAAGACUUAAUAUCAUCAACAGAUGCUUUGAUAUUAAUAAAUUAAAUACAAUGAUGACUACGUUAACAUGUGAUACUUUUCAACAAGAAUUCUUUUCAAAAUUGGAUUUAACUACUUUAGUUAAUUGUUUUAAUUCAGCAAUCGGCGCAUUAUACAACAACAAUAUCCAACCAUUACAACGUAUCGCUUCAAUUGCAUUACUUAAAGAGUUCGCCAAAAAAUUCUGGGAUCUUUUAAUUGAGAAUAAAAAAGAUUAUAUUAAACCCCUUACAUACAAAUUAUGUGAUGUAAUAGAUUUCGAUGGUGCAUCAUUAGUAGAACAAUUGAAUACAACAAUGAAAUUAGUCCAUCCAUUAAUUAAUGCAUUUAAAUUAUAUCUUUUAAGAGAAUUACGUAUUAACAAAGAAUUUUCCACUGAUGAUAUUAAGAAAUUCUGUGAAGCUCAAUCAAAUUUAAAUUGGUUUAGUAAUCUUGACUUGGACGAUAAAGAUGAAUGUAGAUUACCAUUUAACCCUUAUUGGGCUAUUUCAGAUUAUGAAAAUGUUCAAAAUACUUUUGUAUUAACGUGUCAGUCAGAUAUUGAAAGUUUAGUUUUUAAUGCUAUUGCGGCAAGAGAUAACGUAUCAAGAUAUUCUUGUAAAUGUGGUUAUAAAUAUUUAAUUGGCGAAUGUGGUAAAGCAAUGGCUACAAGUAAAUGUCCUGAAUGUAAAAGAGUAAUUGGAGGAAGUAAUUUUGUUUCAGCUACUGGUAAUAUAAGAAUUGAUUCAGCAAAUCGAAACGCAUUUGAAUCAAAUGAUCAUAAAGCUCCUUCUCAAGCUGUUACUGCAUUAAUUCAACAACAUAAUAAGAAUUAUACUAAUGCAGUAGAUUAUUGUAUGGAACAUAUCAAAAAUGAUUGGGAAGUUUUAAAUAGAAUUCUUAAUUGUUCUGAUGAAAUUUUAGCUUUAACAUUUCACUCAAUUAUAAUGGCCCUUACUAAUAAUCCUCCAACUUAUAAUUCAAAACUUGAUACUCCUUAUGAUAGAGAUCAAUGGGAAAUAAAUUUUACUCAUAUAUACGUACUUCCAUUUACUCGUAAUAUAAAUGAAUCAUCUGCUCAAUUUCGUGCUCAAAUAGAACAAAAUAUGAAAAAAGAUGAUGUUAAAAAAUCUUUAUUAGAUGAACAGAUCAAUCAAACUAAUUCAAUGGAUGAAAAAUAUUGUAAUGAAAUUUUACCUUCUUUAUGGAGAAUAAUUUGUAAAAUUGAUUUUAAUAGUUUUAGAGCUUAUUAUAUUUCUGAACCAAAAAAUAUUAGAAAAUAUCCUUUCCUCAACAUUUUCUUUAAAUAUUUCGAAUAUUUACCCUUUAUUAAAUAUCUUUACCCUAUGGUUAAAUUCAUUCAAAUGUUAAAUAAUAAAUUAGGUUAUAAAUUAUUAAGAGAUGAUGCUAAAAAAACAACCUUUAGAAUGUUUAUCGAAAGUGAAGGUGAUAAAGAGGCUUACUAUGCACUUUGUAAAUCUUUUAACGAAUUUCAAGUAGCUUAUAAUUUUAUGAUUAACAAAGUUAAAAGAUAUCAAUGUCAUGAUUUACCUUUAAUUAAACCACAAAUUACUGAUAAAUUUAGUAUUAUAUAUGGAUUAAUAGAAGGGAAAGAUGAAGGAAUUUAUCUUUGUGCUAUAUUAGAAUAUUUAAUUAAUAUUCAAAAUACUUUUUUGGGAAAAAUAAUGUCAAUACCACCUGAAUCUUGUGAUUCUCUUGGAUUCUUACAAUCUCCUUCUUGGGAUGAUACCACUUCUACAAUUGAUGAUUCUCCUUACUUUAUUAGAACUAUGAGUGUUGAUCAUGCAAUUGAAGAUAAUUUUAUUAUUUAUGAAUGGAAUGAUGAAAUUCUUCAAUAUUCUCAAAGAAAUUUAGGUUUAGGAAAAGGUCAAGAUAUUAUUUAUGAUUUACAACGUAUUGAAAGUGAAUUGGCCAAUAUUUUAGUUCAAAAUAAAGUUUAUUUUGAAGUUGGUAAUGAACAAUUAGUAUUAGAACCUUUCCCUUAUCAUUUAGAAUUAUUCUCAUCUUCUAUGCGUAUACUUGGUGAUAUUAAAUCUGUAAUUCCUCAAGAUUCAAUUCCUUCUGAUAAAUUAUCACUUAUAAUCGGUCAAAACGCUAUUACCUCUUAUAUGUCACUUUCAACAUUUUCUUCAACCUUAGCUUCAAAGAAUAAUAAUUCUUCUGAAUUACUUUCUUUAUUAGAAAUUUUACUUUGUUUCAUAAAAAGAACAUCAGUUGGUAAUGGAGAAUUAAGUUUAAUUGAAUUUAUAAAUCAAUGGGUUCAAUUAUCUUCAUUAACAGAAGAUUCAAGAUUCGAAACUAUUUUAUCUUUUAAUCUUCAAUUAAAACAUAUUGUAUCACUUUAUGAAAUUAUUGAAGAACAAGUAGCCGAUAUUAUGAUUCAAUUCGUUGAUAAGAAAUAUAAAAAAGCUUUAAAUGAAGAAAUGGAAGAAGAGAUUGAUAAUGCUAUUGAUUAUGAAAAUGGAAAUAAAGAAAAAAUUCCUGUAGAUUCAUUCAUAAUUGCCAUGAAAAGAUUUAUUCAAAGAGUAUUACAAAUUGAAAAUGAUAAAGAAAAUCAUAGACUCUAUGAUUAUUUUACUGAUAUGUCUCUUAAUCUUUGGAAUAAUAAUGUAAUAGAAGAAAUUUUAGAUGAUAAAUUUCCUAAUACUCUUUUGGUAGCCAAUUCUUUUACUGCUUAUGAAUACAUUAUGCAGAAAAAAGAGACAUUCAAACCUAAACAAUUUUACUCGAGUGGAAUGAAUACCAAUUCAAUUUCAAUAGAUACACAAAUGAUCGCACCUUCAAAUGCUACAUUCACAAGUCCAACUCAACCUACUAGAACGAGAAAUAAAGGAAAGAAAGUUAUCGGUAAAUUUGAUGAUAUGUAA